UGACAUGGCUGCUAUGACUCAUGUUGUUAUUAAGAUACAUUGAACUCCAUGAGGGUCGUAAAAGGAGAAAAACAAGCAGGUGAUUGACAGCUGAUUUAAUUAUUUGAUUCCAAGUUGGACUGAAUGUUGAGUGUAUGUGUAGGUGGGUGUGUUUGAGGGUGGGGAUUCGAUCUUAUCAAGGGUCUCAGUGUUUGAGGCGGGCAGAACGACGCUGGUGGUUACAGUGAGCAGCUUUCCCGGUAAACUGAUCCUGGAGCAGCUUGACUUUUGAACAGUAUAACAAUGAGACUCGGUCUGUGGCCGCAGCGUGUGGGACAUCUGAACCGCUUUCAGAUCGCAUCAGUGACGGAUAACUGAAGUGAAGUUUUGAUAGAAUCCACUGCAUGUGUAUUUGAUCUGACCCUGGGUGACUUCCCGUUGCGUGACCUCUCAGUUCAUUAGAUCGACGUGUCGUGAAGACGGGGGUCUUUGCUCCGAGCCCCACCUUGCUGGAUUAGGGAACACGUCCGUGCUGUCCCCAAGCUGUCUGUAUGGAGAGGCAGGCGCUGCAGCGGGCCAAGGAGGCCUUCCUGAGCGGCAGGACUCGACCUGUGGAGUUCAGAUUGCAGCAACUUCAUGCCCUUCAGAGGAUGAUCACUGAGAAAGAGACAGAGAUAUCCACUGCUCUCAAACAGGACAUCAACAGGAGCCAAUAUGACACACCGCUCUUGGAGCUGAUUGGGAUUGAAAGUGAGAUCAAGCUGGCCAUAGAUAAACUGGCACUGUGGGCGGCUCCACAGCCAGUUGAGAAGAACUUCCUCACCAUAUCAGAUGAGGUCUAUAUCCAGCCCGAGCCUCUGGGAGUGGUUCUCAUCAUCGGAGCCUGGAACUACCCCUGGGCCCUCACCCUCCUGCCCCUAGUUGGAGCUAUUGCUGCUGGCAAUGCAGCUGUGGUAAAGCCAUCUGAGCUUAGCGAGUACUCGUCCCUCCUCCUCCGGGCUCUGCUGCCUCGCUAUCUGGACAAGGAUCUGUACCCAGUGGUGACGGGUGGAGUGUCAGAGACCCAGGAGCUGUUGAAGCAGAGAUUUGACCACAUCUUCUACACAGGCAGUGCCACAGUGGGCAAACUGGUGAUGGAGGCCGCAGCUCGCCACCUCACCCCAGUGACCCUGGAGCUGGGAGGGAAGAGUCCCUGCUACAUCGACAAGAACUGUGACAUCAGAACCGCCUGCCGUCGCAUCACGUGGGGGAAGUUUAUCAACUGCGGUCAGACGUGCAUCGCUCCAGACUACAUCCUUUGUGAACCGUGCAUACAGGGCCGAGUGGUGGAAUGCAUCCGACAAACCCUACUGGAAUUUUAUGGCGCUGAUCCCAAAUGCUCACCAGACUACGGCCGAAUCAUCAACCAGCGUCAUUUCAACAGAGUCAUGGGUCUGAUGGAGGGUUACACCCCUGUGGUGGGAGGACAGAGUGAUGCCUCACAGUGCUAUAUUGCGCCAACAGUGCUGAAGGACGUGCCCCCUCACUCCAGGCUGAUGCAGGAGGAGAUCUUUGGGCCCCUGCUGCCCAUAGUGGCUGUGAGUGACAUGGAUGAUGCCGUCCGCUUUAUCAAUGAGAGAGAGAAACCUCUGGCCCUCUACAUCUUCUGCUCUGAUAAGAAGGCAUCAAAAAGGAUGAUUGAGGAGACCACGAGUGGAGGAGUGACGGUCAAUGAUGUUAUGAUGCACUACACACUCAGCUCUCUCCCAUUUGGUGGAGUUGGUAACAGUGGAAUGGGCCGCUACCACGGUAAACAUACCUUUGACCAGCUGAGCCACCAGAGGGCGUGCCUGAUCCGCUCUCUAGGCAUGGAGCGUGUCAACUUGGCUCGGUACCCUCCUCAGAACCGCCGGCGGGCACGCAGGGCACGGAUGGCACUCGGCGCACCCCUGAUUGACAUGUCCAAAAGGACUCUGGUCUGGGCCAUCGCUGCCACCAUCAUUGGCUUAGGCCUGUUCAUCACUCUACUGGUCAUCCUUCUCAUAGCAUCAGGCCUCAAUUGCACCUGCUGGUACUGGAGAGGCUUUUAUAACUAGAUACACUGCAGCAUCUCUUUGUAAAAUCUGUUGAAAAGGGAAAAGUGCCUGCUGCAGUAAUUUGUAUAUUAACAACAUGUGAACACCUGAUUUGUACAAAGAUUUUUUAAAGUUUAAAAUAUACUGUAACCCUUUGAUCUAACUUUUAUUUUUUGUGUGGUUAUUUUACAUCACAUGUCCCUCAGCGAUGAGACAAGCAAAAUUAAACAUACCUGAGUGCUGUCCUACAUUCUUCAUUUUUUUGGAGGUUAACAUUCAUUUUUUGAGAAAUAUCAAUCUAAAUACAAUGAUCACAAAUGUAGAAAACCACGGUCAUGUGUGUAUUUUGCAGUUUUUGUUCUGUAAUAAAAGAUUUGUUCAUAUA